GCGAUCGACCCCCAACCUCCCUGUAACUUUGCUUAUCUUCCAGUUUACACUUCCUUUUCACCCUCUUUCCUCCAUCUACCAUCAACUAUUUCGUAAAGAGGGACGAAAUGGAGUAUGGAAAAGGCGAGCUACCUCCCUACAGCGCUGUAGCUGCACCUACACUGGACUGGCGCAGGCGCUGGCCCGUACGGCGUUCUCGUGCUGUCAAGUUUAUUGCUUUAGCAUGUCUUGCGUUUAUUGUUUAUGCGCAAUGGAGACAAAUUGAACCUCAUCCGAAGCGCGGCUCGACGUCCCAAUUGUCAAUUGAGAAAUUGAAUCAAGACCUACGAACGUGUGCCAAGCUCCGCUCAAAGCCUCAAGAUCCUAUCGGCUUGGGACGAGAGCGUAAUGCGCGUUAUGUUGAUGGACAGAAACCUACUCUUAUAAAGAACGCUACUAUCUGGGUUGGUGAACCCGUUGAAGGAACAAGUGCUGAGGAUGCGCGCGCUGGAAAGGGCUAUUCGUGGAUCAAUGCCGAUGUGUUGCUAGAGCACGGUCUCAUUAAGGAGGUUCGAAAGGACAUUGAUAUCAGCUCGGUAUCGUCCGAUACAUUCAUCUGGAAUGCGCAAGGUCGUCAACUCACCAGUGGUAUUAUCGACAUGCACAGUCAUGCUGGUGUCGACAGCUUACCGGAACUCCGUGGAAACGACGACACGAAUGAAUUAAGCGCUGACAUAACUCCGUACGUGCGCUCAAUAGAUGGAAUUAAUAUUUUCGACCAUCAAAUUCAGGUUAUCAAGUCAGGUGGUGUCACGACGAGUUUAGUGCUGCCUGGUUCUGGCAACAAUAUCGGCGGCGAAGCUUAUGUAAUUAAGCACGCUGUGGGAAAGCCCGAUGGCCGCAACGAGACAUCCAUAAACGACUUGUUAGCUGACCCGGACCACACCUGGCGAUACAUCAAGAUGGCUUGCGGUGAGAAUGCCAAGCGUGUUUACGGUAAAGUUGGGGAGCAUGGUCCCUUCAGCCGACUGGGCGAGUCUUGGGAAUUCCGACACGCCUUCGAGCAAGCUGCCAAAUUGGUUCAAGCUCAGGAUGAUUGGUGUACCCUGACUGAGUCCGUUGGUGUUGAGCAAAUAGACAGCUAUUUGCCGCAAGAACUAGAGUGGGAAACCCUAGUAGCCGUGCUGCGCGGACAGGUCCAUGUCAAUACGCAUUGCUACACAGUCCCAGAUCUGGAAGCUUUCGUGGAUCAUACCAACGAGUUCAAGUUCCCCGUCAGAGCUUUCCACCAUGCGCAUCAGACAUAUCUCGUACCUGAUGUUCUCAAGAGAGCAUGGGGCGACACUCCGCCUGCGUCAGCAUUAUUCGCUGAUAACAUGUGGUAUAAGGCCGAAGCUUACAUCGGUUCCGAAUAUGCCGGCAAGGAAUUAUACGAAAACGGACUAACCCCCAUUUAUGUCAGCGACAACCCUGUUCUAAACGCACAACAUGUCGUCUUCGAGGCUGCGAAAGCCUUUGGAUACGGUUUGCCCUAUCACGCUGCUCUGGCUUCGGUUACUACGGCCCCAGCUGAGCGACUCGGUCUAGGACAACGUUUGGGCAAGGUUAAACCUGGAUUUGACGCCGAUAUUGUUCUAUGGGAUAGUGACCCAUUGAGUGUCGGAGCCGCGCCACUUCAAGUUUGGAUUGAUGGGACCGCACAAUUCGAUGAACCUGUUGAUCUAGGAAAACCGAUUACCCCGCCUCCCAGUUCAUUCGAAGUUCCUGCUGUUGCUGACGAAGCCGUUCCUACAAGCGACGUUAUAUUCACCGGAGUAUCGAAAUCAUUCUUAUCAUCCCAGCUGCGACAAGAUUCUAUCAGUGAUAACUCGACCGUCGCAAUUUCUGGUGGUAAAAUCACUUGCAUAGGGACUUGUGAUGCUGAACUCGAAAUCGCUUCCAAGUCGGGCACCAAGAUCAUCUCUCUCCAGAAUGGCUACCUGACGAGACCUUUCACUGUAUUCGGUUCCCUCCUCGGCCUCAAUGCUAUUGACGCUGAGUCGGAUACUGACAAUGGUGGCGACACUGGGGUCUUUAGUCGAGGUGUCGAUGGACUCGCACUUGAUACCAAGAAACUCCACUACGCGCAAAAAUAUGGUGUCACGCGAGCUAUCUCGGCUCCUAAAUAUUCAGGACAGGGAACUCACCAGGGUACUAGCGUUGGAUUCCGCACAGCAGCGAAACAUGCUCUCGAGAAGGGCGCUGUAUUUGCUGACGACGUUGCUGUGCAUUACACACUGGACCUUAGUUCUAAGAGUGGCAGCUCAUCGAUAUCGAAUGCCAUCAAUGCGCUUCGUCAUAAACUCCUGGAAGCUGUGGAUUCUAACGCUACGAGUGCUGACCCUUACACCGAGGCGGCAUUUUUAGCUAAAGUGGUUGAUGGUUCGCUGCCUCUGGCUAUCACCGUCCAUAGCGCUGAUGCGAUUGCUGCGGUUCUAAAAGUAAAGGAUGUUGUUGAUAGCGCUAUUACUUCGAAUAGAGGAAGCGGUGGCAUAAAUUUGGUUAUUAUUGGUGGCGCUGAGUCUUUCCUCGUAGCAGACGAGUUGGCCGCAGCGAAUGUAGGUGUGGUGUUAAGCCCUUUGCUAUCAUACCGAACAUCAUGGGAUCAACAUAGGGCCCCAACAGGCGCACCUCUUACGAAUGGUACAACCGUCGAUGCUUUGGUAGCUGCUGGUGUGCGUGCAGGUGUCGGCAUCGAGGAAGACUGGCUUGUACGAGACGUUGGGUUACUAGCGGGUAUUGCGCAUAAGAAUAGCCAAGGUCAGAUAGGUGAGAAAGAAGCAUUGGAUUUGGUCUCGGAAAAUGUGUAUAAGAUCUUGGGAUUAAAGGGUAGCGAGGAUACGAACGAAUUUGUAGUAUUUGAGGGUAACCCCUUGGAGAUAGGGGCUAGAGUUCGGGCGGUUGGGGGUGGUGUGGGAGAGGAAGUUACUGUAUUUGUUUGAUACUUUACUGAUUGACCUACCAGCCUACGUUUUUUACGUGGCGAAACGUGCUUGUAACUAC